AUGGUCCCUACCGUUGUUGCAAUUAAUAAGUCGCUUCUGAAUCAAUCAAGGAGUUCUUCCGAGGGAAAUUGGAUUGCACAGCAUAAUGUUAGUGUCAUGGUUGAUCUUGAUUUUUUCAUUGGAGAUGACGCACUUUCUAAGGCUUGGUCUAGUAGCACUUAUAGUCUCACCUACCCGAUUAAGCAUGGUCAGGUUGAGAAUCGGGACGCCAUGGAACUACACAUGUUGUACCAGUUGCGGAUGGUUACGUUAUUGAAAGUGACAUCGAGUCAGUUCCCAUUGAUGGAAAGGAUGUUACUCUUGUUGUCUGGCAGCUCACGCGAGAAAGAGGAAAGAAUAUACCUCCAGAAGACUUUUUUUGAAGCGGUUCGGAAAGUGAAAGAAAUAUAUUGCUACACCUGCUCCGACAUUGUGAAGGAAGUUAAUAAACACAAAACAUACCAAGCACAGGAUGAAUAUGAACUAGUUACCUGA